AUGGACAAGCCGAAGCAGUUUUAUUGUCUACGGGGUUUCCCUUUUGCUAUGCAAGUGUGGAUAUAUGAGUGUUGCUCUAAUGUUGACCCUAAUUUAAUGGUUAAAACCGGAAGCCGAAUCCCAAGAAUGUUUAACUGGAGAACAGUGAACCCAAAGCCAUCUGUUAACUACUUGAUGUUGGGCAUGUUUUGGGACGGUGAGGAGAAUAGUUGUAAAUUCAACAACAUUGUUCCGACCAUAUCAGAGGUUGAGAAGCUUGAUCUGCGUGCAUACUUGGUCAACAGACGUGCACCACCACCCCAAACAUACCAAGAGAAGGAAAAUGAAUAUGCAGAUUUUACCGCAACACCUCCCCAUAUUGCCGCUGCCAAGAAAACUCAAAAGAACGAUGCUUCAAAAUCUCCACCGCACAAGAAGCCCAGGAAGAUGUCGACGGCAGCAUUGCUUGUUGAGAAGUCACCAACCACAAUCCCAAAAAAACCUACACCAGUUCAAUCAAAGGAAAAAGAAAAAGCUGCUCCAAGUGUCCACCGCGUUCCUGUUGACGAUGUAUCGACCAGCAAAUCAGUUGACCCCACAAGUUUGAGGCAGGAACUUAAUCAAUUUAAGCAGGAAGUGCUUGCUGAAUUCAAGGUUGUUUUUUCUGAGCUCAAGGAUCUUCGCAAAACUAUUGAUAAAAAUUUCAAAAAGGUUUUGAAACAUGUCAAAGGGAAACAAAACUCAGAAAAGGAUGAUGACAAUGAAACUCAUGUUCCUUUACAUGAUGACAACUUACAUCAACAAGUUGAUGAUUACAUGGACCAUGGUGACGAUAUUCACAUGGAGACUGAUACGGGUGAUAAGAAGGGUCUUGCACCGGAUAUUCGAGUCGGUAUUGGCAAUGAUAGCGGCAAUACGCUGAAAGCUUCAACCGAAGAGAUUGCGGAAGGAGGUGAUCAUUCAGGAGAACCGAAGACUUCGGUUGAACGUCCGGUGGAUCCAACAGAGGAAAAGGGUAUUACACCGGUUAUUCAAGUUGAUAUUGGCAAUGAGAGCGGCGAUACAAUGGAAGCUUCAACCGAAGAGAUUGCAGAGGAGAUGAUCGCACAGGUGCUAGCAAAAAUAGCAGAAUCAGAAAUGACUGACGAACAAGUUCACGCAGAAAAAAUCGAGGAAAACACUAGCUCAACUCUCUUAGAGGAACCCCAGGCAGCUGUUUGUAACGCGCAGCCGUUGUCUCAGUGGUUGUUGCCUGAUGAGUAUUUACCAAGCCAAACCCCAGGGAAAGAAAUCAUGUUACAUUCAUCAGUCACACGAGCUACAUGCCCCAGUAAAUACAAGUCUUCACCGUUUGUGACAGAUUUUGGUAUAUAUCUACUUUUUAAUUUACUUAUAGAUCCCAUUACUGGUCCACUUGAUGUACAGAUGGUGAAUGAAUACCGUACUUGGCUCCGAAACGGUCUGCUUAACUACGAAGACCAUUACAAAAAGAAAAUGACAGUUUUUGACAAUGGAGUCAAAUUCAAUUUUGGCAUCACAACUGUCAAUGAUAAGAACUGGUUUUACCUGUUAUCGAUGGAUGGUCAGCUUUGGAAUGACGAGAGAGGUUCUGAAAUUCACAUUUCUGCUACUACAAUGCUUUUUAUGUAUUUGACUAAAAUUUAUGUGGUCCACCAUGCAUAUCGCAAUGUUGAAACACAGACAAAUGUGGCAAAUGAAGAGCAAGUAUUGAUUGAGUAUGUUAAAGGCCACAGGCUUAUUGCCAAUGUCCCGUGGCAUACCGUUGACAACAUGCUAAUACCGGUGAAUAUACAAGAAGAAAAUCAUUGGUUAUUGGCGUCUGUAUGUUUACAACUCGUAUCGAUCAGCCGGGCACAACGCAGAGCAACACUGAUGCCACAUUUCCUACAUCUGGCUGGAUUCUAUGUAAAUAAAAAAAGCAUAGAUUUGGUGAAAGACCCAGCAUAUGCGGAUAAGGGACAAAUCGAUAGCUUUGAAGUUGUCUAUGUUGAUAAUCUGCCGCAGCAAACUGUUGGUAGCACGGACUGUGGUAUUUUUGUGGCAGCGUAUGCUGAGUAUUUAACAUCGAGUGAAAGGAUUCCAGAUGUCAUUGAUGCACACAUGCAGCGUAUGAGAUACGGUGCACUCUUGUGGGACUACGUUGAAGGCAAGGCUGCUGACAAUGCAGAGAGUGAUAAUGAAAUUCCACCAAGACCGAUUAGGCCAACAAUCGAUUACAACACCGUAGAUGCAAUUGAUGUUUAA